CACUAAAACAAAAAGUAAAAACUGCCAGAAACCAGUGCAAAAUUGCAAAUGCCAAUCUAUAAAAUAAAAAUAAAUAAUGUAGCAAGAGAAAAUAACGAAAACGCACGAUAAUUUUUUAGUAAAAAGCGUAAUUUUCAAAAUUUAAAUUAAACAGUAAAACGAUUCUUUAUUAUUGGCGUUUAAUAUAGUGGAAACUUCAUGAACUUCUCUUAGACAUAAUCUACCUCUAAUAAAAUUUAUUUUAGUUAUCAGAACCAAUUUCAGGUUUAAUUCUUAGUUACAAUGAUUCAUGAUGCUUUACUUGUUCUCUGGGACUGCUCACAUGAUACAGAAGAAACAAAAAAUGUGAAUUUUGAAAAUUACGUUGAAAAGGGGGACUCCGUUAUAUACCAAAGAAUAUGUGAUGUUGCAAAGAGUCAUCAUAAAAUUCAGAACUUUGUAGCAGAAACAGGAUUUCAUGCUAGGAAGACUCACAGUGUUACAAUACACAAGAACUCUGGCUUAUAUUUGCAAGCUUUGAGUGAAGGCAUUACGGAGGUUCUUCAGUCUUAUAAGAAAACACUCCUAGAAGUAGAGAGCUUGGUCAUAGGCAACCAUAACUACACUCUCUCGUUUGUGUACAGUUAUGUCGAAAAGUAUAGAGGUCUAUUCGACACUUUGAACAAAAUAAUUUCUACAAUCAAGGAGCGAAGACUUGCUGGCUGUCAAAUCUUGAGUUUAACACACCAAUAUAUACUAAACGGGAAUGAGAUGGUGCAUGGAGCUGUGGUUAAAAUAUUCACCAAUAUUAACAAGGUGUUCAUAAAUCAGCUAUGCACUUGGUUAUUAUAUGGAGAGCUAAGGGACCCAUAUCAGGAGUUCUUUAUCUGCCGCAACCACGAAGGGGACUCCGAUACAUUCCUGUCGUCGCCUUCAACUAAUACAUGUGAUAAGUCACUUGUUUCUACACUACAAGACACAACUCUUGAUUGUGGCUACAUGUUGAACGCCAACAUGAUUCCUUACUUCGUGCCUUUAUCCCUGGCCCAGGAAAUACUGUUCAUUGGUAAAACUGUCAUUUUGUUCGGGUUCGACCCUCGGAAGGUGAAGAGGCACAGUUUUCUGAAUAAUAGAACCAUGUUGCCUUUGCAGAAGUGUGGUGCCGAUACUAGGAGAUUCACUAUUUGGGAAGAGAAGGAGGCGGAGUUUCACGAGAAACUGCAAAAGCUGAAGGACCUUGAGGGAUUUGAGUUUUGUAACUUUAGGGGAGUCAUCAGAGAUAUUAAGGAGUGUGUCACUAAGCAUUUAUGGACAGUGGCAGUGGAAGAGGCACAAUUACUACAAGAAUUAAAACUGAUGAAGGAUUUCUACUUGCUUGGGCGCGGUGAACUAUUCUUGGAAUUACUUAGACUGACCGCACAUAUUCUCGAUAAACCUACUAACAGAACUUCAACAAGAGAUAUGAACCACGCGUUCCAGUUAGCAGCCAGGGCGGUACUUCUCAGUAACAGCGCUGACAUUGAGAAAUUCAGCUUUGAACUGCCGUACGUGAAACCCAAUCUGUCAAAUAACUCUUCAUUCGAAGAUGAUAGCAGCACAGUGGCCGACGGUUGGUCCACCAUAAUACUGAAGUACGAGUUCAAAUGGCCUCUACACUUGUUGUUCACCCCGGAAGUGCUCGCGCGGUACAACGACAUGUUCAGGUUGCUGUUGCGAAUCAAACAGACGCAGCACGACUUGCAUAUGCUGUGGAAGACGUAUAAACUGUCUUCAAGUUUCUCAAUGUGCCAACUCCACAACAAACUCAUGUUCUUAAUGGACAACCUCCAGCAUUACUUACAAGCGGACGUCCUAGAAACAAACUUCGCACGUCUCAUGGAAGCUGUACAAAAGACCAACGAUUUUGAGAAGCUGAAGAAGGCGCACGCUAACUUCUUGGCUGAUGUGUUGAGUCAGUCGUUUUUGACUGUUACUCCGUCAUCAGACAGCGACUGUUCAGGCGACGCCACAGACUACAUCAACAACCCGGUGUUCUGCAACAUCAUGGAGCUCCUCAAACUGUGCCACUCGUUCUGCAGCAUCACGGACUUCGAGGCUGACAGAGAUGCUGAGGAAUACCACCUAAGAGGUUAUUCGGAUAGGUUCAACAAACUAGUAAAGCAACUGAUGCAGCUGUUGGUGUCUCUGCGCGACCGUCCGUGCGGCGUGUUCCUCGCGCGGCUGUUGAUGAGACUCGACUACAACCGCUGGCUGAGCGGAGAGGCCAUGCUCACUCAGUCUGUCACCAAUAUGCUGAGAUGCUAGUGGAGCGAACUAAUAGUGUAUUAAAGUUGUGCUAAGUGAAAGUGAUGUGGUGUCAAAAGAAAAAUCAAGUGAAUAUUGUUUUACACCGGCAAUAAGAUGCAGAUGUUGAAAUUAUGGUUUCCAUCUAGCACAUGUUCCUCGCGAGGUUGUUGACGACACUCCACUACAACCGCUCGCUGAGCGUCAAGGCUAGGCUUAUUCAGUCUGUCCGGAAGUUGCUGAGGUGCAAGCGAUAAUAAGUGACCAAUGUGGAGAAAGAAUCUAUUGAAGAUGCACAGAAUUGCCAAUUGAUAUGACUACUACAAAAACUGCUCAGGUGUCAAAAGAAUAAUCUAGUGAAAACAAAGACAGCAGAUUUUAACUCCCAUUUGUAAGGCAUUCACAAUGUUAAAUGAAACUAUGAAUAUAUUGAUGAUGUUCCAAGUGAAACUGGUUUGACUCUG